GUUUAUAUGGACGGCAUAAAAAUCACUACACAAUGGGUGAUGAUAAAUUCUUCUUGAGAUAUUAUGUUGGACAUGAAGGUAAAUUCGGUCACGAGUUCCUUGAAUUCGAGUUAAAUGACGAUGGAAAGCUGCGUUAUACCAAUAAUUCAAACUAUAGAAAGGAUAGUAAAAUAAAGAAGGAAGCACAUGUGACUCGCGCUGUGGUAGCUGAGUUGAGGCGUAUAAUUGAGGAAUCUGAGAUCACUAGUGAGGAUCACAGCGAUUGGCCUAUACCGGACAGAAUAGGUCGCCAGGAGUUGGAGCUCAGAUUGGGUGGCAAACAUUACACCUUCUCUACUUCCAAGAUCGGCUCAUUAUCGGAAGUACAAAACAGCAAGGACCCCGAUGGUCUGCGUGUAUUUUACUAUUUAGUGCAAGAUUUGAAGUGUUUUGUCUUUUCACUUAUUAACCUAUGUUUUAGGAUCAGGCCCAUAUAGCCACCUCAAACCUA